AUGAAAUACUGUGAAUGUUGUGGGUUGUUUGAGAACGAUUGUGUAUGUGGUCACAAUACCAUCCGUUCCGAUUGGUCCUGGGUUUCCGAUGACGAUGAUACCAACAAUUCUGACUGUGAAUUAAUUAUUUCUUUUUCUGAUGAAACAACUUUGAUCUGGUACUCCCAUGGACGGGAAAGGAAUCUGAAGUUAGAUUCCGUAAUUAAGAUCAUCCCCGGACAGAGAACACCGAUUUUUAAAAGAUAUCGCCAACCCGAAAAGGAGUACUUGUCGUUUUCUCUUAUUUACAAAAAUGGUGAUAGAUCCCUUGAUCUGAUCUGCAAAGACAAUGUGGAGAUAGAGGUCUGGCUUGCAGGGUUGAGACAUUUAGUUUCUCCCACACAAAGUUUUACUAGACGUAGCGAUAGUGAUCUUUCUGAUUUUUAUGAUGACACAAGUGACGCCAGUCAAAAGGGGCGUCCUUCUGGUGUAGCAUUAGAGUGUGAUUCAACUAACUCUCGUAGCUCAUUUUCUUGGGAUUUGCGUUUCGCAGAAAGCAUAAGUAGUUUUCUCAGUUCGGAUGUGGCAUUUGGACGUGCAAACAUGCAAGUAAGAACAAGUUGUGCAGAUAAUUUCAGAAUUAGUGUUUCAAACACACCUAGUUGUUCAACUCAAAAUCCUGCAGCCGAUGAUAUAGAAUCACUAGGAGAUGUUUACCUUUGGGGAAAAGUUUGCUGUUUUAGCGAUGGAGUUACGAAUAGUUUCCCAAUAAAAGAUGACAUUUUAACUCCUAAAUUAUUGGAAUCAAACGUAGUUAUAGAUGUCCAACAAAUCGCUUGUGGUGUUCGGCAUUUUUCUCUUGUAACAAAACAUGGUGAAAUUUUCACUUGUGGGGAGGAAUCUGGUGGCAGGCUUGGUCAUGGGGUUGACCAACAUGUUGGUCGCCCUCGCCUUGUUGAAUUCCUUUCGGUCAAAAAUAUAGACUUUGUUGCUUGUGGUGAGUAUCAUACAUGUGCUGUAUCUGCAUGUGGUGAUUUAUAUACAUGGGGAGAUGGGACACACAAUGCUGGUCUACUCGGCCAUGGUACUGAUCUCAGCCACUGGAUACCCAAACAGGUUUCUGGACCUUUAGAAGGAAUCCAAGUUGUAUCAGUUGCUUGUGGUAAUUGGCAUACAGCAUUGGUAACUUCCGAAAAAAGGUUAUUUACAUUUGGUGAUGGGACUUAUGGUGCUCUGGGACAUGGUGAUCUAGAGAGUGUAAAAUAUCCAAAAGAGGUUGCAUCUCUUACUGGACUUAAAACUAUUAAAGUUGCGUGUGGCGUGUGGCACACUGCAGCAAUUGUAGAGAUCGUAAAUCAUCAAGCCAGACAAUCUACGUCUAAAAAACUAUUUACUUGGGGGGACGGGGAUAAGUACCGUUUAGGUCAUGGAAACAAACAAACUUACACAGAACCAACAUGUAUAGCAUCUCUAAUUGAUCAUAAUUUCCAUCAGUUAGCAUGUGGACAUAGUAUGACCGUUGGCCUUACAACAUCCGGUCAUGUCUUCACUAUGGGUAGUACUGCACAUGGUCAACUUGGUAACCCACAAGCCGAUGGUAAAUCGCCUAGUGUGGUUCAAGAUAAACUUGUCGGUGAAUUCGUUGAAGAAAUCGCAUGUGGAGCAUACCAUGUUGCUGUUUUAACAUCAAGAGGUGAAGUAUUCACUUGGGGAAAAGGUGCAAAUGGGAGACUAGGACAUGGAGACUUAGAAGAUCGAAACACCCCAACUUUGGUUGAAUCAUUUAAAGAUAGGACGGUUAAAAGUUUAUCUUGUGGUGCAAGUUUUACGGCUAGUAUAUGCCUUCAUAAAUGGGCAUCUGGAGCAGACCAAUCGGUUUGUCAUGGUUGUAAACAAGCAUUUGGUUUUACUAGAAAAAGGCGUAACUGUUUCAACUGUGGACUUGUGCACUGUCAUGGUUGCAGUUCCCGAAAGGCUAUGAAAGCAGCACUGGCUCCAAGCCCGGAAAAGCCACAUCGUGUUUGUGACUCUUGUUAUGUAAAACUUAAUAAAGCUUCUGAAACUGGAAACAAUAAUAACAGUAACAAUAAUAAUAAUAGCAAUGUUUCAUCUUUCAAAAGAAGGCUUAGUGGUACUAGAUUUGAAAGAUUUGGGAGGACUUCAAAGCCUUUGAUUUCCCCGGUAAUGGAACCGGUUAAGUACCAUGAAGUGAAAUCAGGAACAUAUGGAUCAAACUCUGAAUCUAGUUCAGUAGUAAGAACUUCUCAAGUUCCAUCUUUUCAGAGUUUAAAAGAUAUUUCAUUUUCAUGUUCAGUAAGUGCUCUUCAGAAUGCUUUGAAACCUGGUACAGUGACUCCACAGCUUCCACCCUAUCAACAGCCUCAGAUACCUGCUUCGCCUUACUCAAGAAGACCUAAUUCUCCGUCCGUUGGUACCCCUAUCUUCUCACGGGGUUCGAUAGAUGGUCUCAAGAAGUCGAAUGAAGUUUUGAACCAAGAAGUAUCGAGAUUGCAAAACCAAGUGAAAUAUUGGAAGCAAAAGAGUUUUAAACAAGAUUCAGAUAUUAGAAAACUGCAGAAUGCUGCUAAACAAGCUGAGUCGUUAGCUGCAGAAAAAAGUGCGAGAUGUAUGACUGCUGUCGAGGUGUUCAAAUGCUUCGUAUCUCAGUUAAAUGAAUUGACCGAAAAACUGCCUCCCAAAAUCUCCAAUAAUGAAACCUUCAAAGACUUGAUUGAUAAAGCCAAGUACUACAUCAACACCCACGGAAGUGAUACUCCACUCCAAUCAGAUCAGCCUGAAGAAAAUUCUAGUGAACUCACAAGAAAGAAAUAUCAUAAAAUUAAAGGGAAUGAAGAUGAUGAGAUCAAUAAGUCAACACAAGAUGUUGAUGGGACCAAAGGGAUGUCACAGAAUGAUGAAAAUGCUGGUGUUGCUCCACAGGAGAACACUGAAUCUUCUUCUAACAAUGCCAAAGAAGUAAUUGAACAAUUUGAGCCAGGUGUUUAUGUGACGGUGCUCCUACAUCCAGAUGGCACCAAAAUAUUCAAGCGGGUUAGAUUCAGUAAAAGAAGGUUCAAUGCACAACAGGCAGAAGAAUGGUGGAAGAAAAACAAGGACAAGCUUCCGGCAAAAUCAGCCGGCAGUUCAAGUGCACCACCGCCACCUGCUCAGGAAAAUAAUGAGGAUCCACCAUCAUAGCUCAGAUAUGUUCUCAUGGGCAUUUGUAAUUAUGCAAAAAAUUUGCUCCACUUUAGACAGUGUACUUUUUUUGAAGAUGGUAGUGAAGGGAGAUCUGUUGCAUCAAGGUUUAGGAGAAGUUUGCAAAGAUUCUGCUUUACACGGCCCGAAACUCGGGUUCUCCAAGGUUUGUGAUUUGAAAAUUUUUAUCUUUAUUAGGAGAUUACUUAUAUCAUUGAUUUAACUUCUAAAAGAGAACUAGGUGGUGGAGUUAAGACAGUUCAACCUUACUUUUGUUUUUUUCAUUUGUAAAGUAGAUUAAUAUGUUU